AUGAGUUUCUUAUCUUUUCCGGAAUACAAUGGUUCUUGUCAUCCAGAUGAUUGGCUUCGUAACUUAAAAUUUGUUGCCAACGUCGGAGGGAAAAAAGCAGAAAUAGAACUAGUUAGUCUUGCACUCUUAAAAAUCAGUCGUUCAAUAUACAAUGAUGAAAAUAUUCAAAUUUCAAACUUUUCGCAACUUAUUGAAUUUCUUAAAGCAGAUCCUUCAUUUAAAAUUUUCAAAACCAAUUCAGAACAAAAACUCUUGGCUUUAAAAUAUACAUAUUCAACCAAAGUGCAAGACUUUAUCAUCGAACUACGACAAUUGCUAUCUGAUGCAGAAAUUUUUGAUCUUAAACUACAAAAACAAUCUAUAUUAAAAAUUUUACCUAUUAAAUUAUUUGCAGACACUUUUAGUCUAAAAAUUGCAGAAUCCCAAAGUAUUAAUGAAGUUUAUAUAAAUCUUCAAAAUUUUUUAUUUCAAUAUAAACGAGUAGUUAAGUAUGGAUCAAUAUAUGCAAUAAACCGUCGUGCAACCGAUUACGAAUUGUGGACUAUAAUGCCGGAAGUUCUUAAAAAUGCAACUCCUCCAAUAUAUAGUGGUAAUAAGGAGAAAGGUUUACCAGUAUAUUAUGGUGACAAAAUAACACUUAUGAAUAAUGGGACUGGGCAAAAGCUACACUCGCAUAAAUUUAAAGCUGAACAUGGCCAUAAUGAUAGGUCACCAAUAACUUCUCAACAGGAAGUAACGGGCUAUACUUUGAAUGAUCAUAACGAUAACUGGACCAUACAACAUUAUGUGUAUGACAUAUCUUCUAAUGACAAAGAGCUCUGGAAUGAAUGCCAUGAUAUUUUUCUUUUGCAUGAUCUUACUAAAUUGGGGUUAAAUAGCCAUAAUUAUAUGUUGAACGAUGAACAUCAAGAGGUUACAUGUUUUGGAGACAAGAAAGUCAAUACAACAAAGUGGCGUGCUGAAAUCCUCUUUGAUGAUUUAUUUCGAACAAAUAACUAA